UUCCCAUCUGUGGCUUGAAUAUAUGCGCUGUCUAUUCAAGAGGCAAACCUUCUGGGAUUGGAAUCAGUAACAAGACAAAUGGCUUGAAUUGGAGCUAUAACCCAACAAUUAUAGCACUUCCGGAUGAUGAUAAGCCUAUGAUAUGGUUAAGCCAUUGGAAAAUUAAUGCUUGUCAGUUGGAAAUGGGAGAUGACAUAGCUGUCGGGGUGUGUCAUGAUUAAUGGUUGGAACUUAAUGGUUGAAAUCCAACUUAUGUAGAACUUCCAACAAAGAAAAGGUAAAUUAUACUUUGACCCCUUAACUAUGUUACAUUUGUCACAUUGCCACUUUAACCAUCAUGUUUUUAGCAUUGUACCUCCAACUAUAGCUAUUGGUUAACAUUGCCACCUCAGUUGUCUUGUUUCUCAC